CAUUUUGUACGGAAGUAAUAUAAAACAUGGAAAGGGUGUAAUUCCUUUGUUUAUUUUCUCUAUUACUGUAUUUUUUUUUUACAGUGACGCCACAAGCUCGGCAAAUUCCUUCGAUGAAUUUGAACAAAUGUGGGUGAAAAUGGGUGAAGAGUUAGAGUUAGAAGGCCCGCCAAAGGGUUGUAUUCCACCCGUUCCCUCUCCAGACUGCGAAUCCACAUUGAGUACAAUUGGCACGAAAAAUGAGUCAUUAAAAAGACCUCUAAGUCCUACACCAGAGAGUCACGGUAACUGCGACACCUUUUCACCAGUUGUCAGCUACUCGCCGGCCCUGGAUUCCAAUUGUAGUAGUGCCUUUGCGCCUGUUACAUGCAACGGGGAUGAUAAUGGUCGAUUAAGUCAGACGGAAGAUUCCAUCCUGACCACUUUGAGGCGAACAAAUCCGGACAAAGUACGUAGAUUAGAGAAGAUGAGACAACCUUGUAAACCCGAGCUCUUCAAGGAACAUUUUGAUGUUUUAAAAACCCUCCUAGUCAGAGUAGCAAAUGAUUGUGAGCAAAUUCGGAUAAUACUGAAUUAUGUGGAGGACAAGCUGGUUAAAGAAGACAAGUGCGUUAAAAGGGUUCAGUUUACAACUCUAUAGUUCUGUAAAGAAA